GAGACCAUCGUGCACGACCACUUUCACUUGUUUUCUCUCAGUGUGAAGUAAAAAUAAAACGUUCUGUUAGUUUUGAAACGCUUCCUCAAGGUUUAGCGCAACGGCCGGAUCAGUGGUGUCCUCAUUGGACUAUAAAUAACUGAGGGGGGUGCACUAUGAGGACACUGUGCUGUGGUCCACCUCACUGAAGCUGUCCCUGCAAACAGGUGGAUUUGGGAUAUUUCAAGAAGGUAUCUGAGGCCUCAGCAUGCCAGUUCCCCCCCCUCCCCCGCCUCCUCCCCUGGCUCCCCCCCCACCACCUCCACCCAGCGCUGCCCUGCCACAGUGUCCGUCGGAGCCCCCUAAGCUCCAGUGUGCAGGAGCAGGUGGAAGGAAUGCCCUGCUGGCCGACAUCCAGAACGGAGCCAGACUCAGGAAAGUAGCACAAGUCAACGACCGCAGUGCUCCGGCCGUGGAGAAUCCCAAGACUAGCCCUGGAGAUGUGUCCAGUGUGGGCUCAGCAGGAGGGACACCCGUGGGACCCUCUUUGGGGGGGCUUUUUGCUGGAGGUUUCCCCACCCUCAGGCCUGUAGGACAAACAAGCAAGACCCCAGUGUCCCGGUCGAGCUCCUCCGCCUCCCUGAAGCCCCUGUGGAACCCCCCCCCUCCUCCUCCUCCAGCCGACAGCAGCAGGUCUCGGAGCAUCAGAGGACAGCGGAGCACCGUCGCUCCGUCCACCGCCCUCUCCCCCCCCUCGUCCUCCGCUCCCACCUCCCCCUCGCACAGCAGCAGGCACCCACCUUCAUUCCCCACUUACUCUCCCCCUCCUCCUCCUCCACCUGCUCCUCCCUCUGCCCCUCCUCCACCGCCUCCUCCACCUCAGGACCGACCCGCCAACAGACACCCUCCCCUCCCCACCUGCCCACCUCCCCCACCUCCAUCCCAGGUCACCAAGCCCACCUGGCUCCCCCUCCAGCACUCCCACCACAGCCCCAUCUCCCAGCCCUCUACUCCUCCUCCCCCUCCUCCACCUUUCCAGUCUCACUCUGCUGUACCAGGGGAUCGCUCCUCAGGGGGCUUCUACCCUCCACCUCUAGUCUCCUCUGAACCCUCGAGGUUCCCCAUCCUGCGGGACAGCCCCCUGGGACCUCCUCCCCCACCUCCGCCUCCUCCUCUCCCAUCUUCUUACACCCCCACCUGCCCAUCCACUCUCCCCCCUCCACCACCCAAGCUGGCCGCAGUACCCUCACCAGCCAUGCGCUCUCUGCCCCCCUCGUACCCCUGCAACGCCCCCACCCGACGGCCGCCUGCUGUGCCCAGAAGUGCAGGUGGCGGUCGGCUGGCUCCUCCUCCGGCUCCCCCGGCACGCUCCCCCUCGACCGAGCUGUCCACCCGCAUUCCUCCCCCCCCGCCUCCCCCCCUGCCUCCGUCAAGCCUCAGGAAUGGACACCUGCACAGCCUGGAUGAUUUUGAAUCCAAGUUCCAGUUCCACCCCGUAGAGGACUUCCCUCCUCCAGAAGAAUUCAAACCUUUCCCUCGGACUUACCCCAGCAAAGAAAACAGAGUGAACCCCAACCCCCCUGGGAUAAGGACACACCUCAGAUGAGUCAUAGCCACAUCCUGAUCUUCAUCCCCCCACUCACAUAUCAGGCAGUUAUCCUCCUCUUCCUCCUUCUCGUGACAAUUACAUAACUGUCAUGGACUUAUUUGGAUGAAAACUGUGUGUGUGUUCAUGUUUAGUGUAUGUGUGUGUGUGUGUGUAUGUUGGUGUCAAACAGGGUCCCGCCUUAUUCUGACUAUGUGACCUCUGACCUUUUCCAGUGUGGAAUGUUUUGAAUGUGUGAGGAGGAGGGCGACUCUCCCUCCUCAGACUCACACGUUACAUACAGACCGUACACACACAAGAGACAGUGUCUUUCAGCAGCUGAAUUUAGUAUGACAAUUGAUACAUUUUAUAAGCAUUUCAAAAUCUACGUACAGAUUAUUAUAUUUUCAUUUCAUGUCAGGAUCUGUCCCUUUUACAGAAGCACUUGUAAAGUGAGUGGUUAAUGCAGAAACAAUGUUCAGCACACAGAAAGUAAAGCUCUUUUAAAUAUACAAACUGUGGUCCAGCAAUGACUACUGCCCUAGAAUAAGCUCUUUUAAAAAGGUUUAAGCAGAACAAUCCAUUUAAAAUGUCAUCUGUUUUUCUUUGUUUUGAGAUUGUAAUUACCUAUAUGUCCACCAAAAGCAUGUAAGCAGAAAACUUAAAGCGGCCCUACUAUGCUUUUUAGAGUUUACCUUUUCAUGAAGUGUGUUAAAUAGGUUUAUAUGCAUGUAAAGGGUCUGCAAAGGCUUACAUCUCAAAGAUCAUCAUCCAGAGGGAGUUUCUCUCUCACACACUCC